AUGGCGACUCUGGCCGCGCUCGGAGCUUACAAAGGCUCCGACUCUGAGUCGGACGAGGAGAACUUGAAUUGCGUCAAGCAUGCCGAUGCCAUUUCUCAUAUGACGAAUAUGAAGAAGCCAGAACCAAUCAAGACGUCAACAGAUAUCGUCGUUGCACCAAAUGUCAUCACAAAGUACGAUGUUCACAACGGCAGAAGUGUCGAUACAACAAAAGGAGAGAUCGUCUUCAAUCCAACUGUCGAAGAACUUUAUAUGCCAGAACAGGGGCCGUCAAAUCCAUUGAAAAGUAAUCAAGCAGCGGCCGAGCGAAACACCCUGGCUGGUUAUGCUGAGAAGGAGCACAUUUCUGAUUUUGCCUUCGAAACGCAACGAAGAAAUUAUCAUUCCUAUGGAACGGCCAUUGAUCCAUCAAAGAAUUUCGAUAGCGCUGAUGAGGAUAUGAAAACCGUGACAAGUUAUCACGGAAUCGACGGUAAAGCUGUCGAACAAGGUGGCAGUGUCUGGAUGAAUGUGAAAAGAAAGAAAAGAAAGCGUGCGAAAAAUGAUGAUGCUGGAGACAUCGAGGGGUGGAAGGGACCUUGGGCAAAGUAUAAAGACGAGAAGACCAUGGAGGAAACGAAUCCAAGCGGUGAAGUUAGAGAAGAGCUCGAUGAUAUUCUAGGUAAAAUUCGCAAGCGACAGCAACGAAACAACAGGUCGAAAGCGAAUGACGAUGAUGACGAUGUCGUUAUGGAAAAGACGCAGCUUCAUAUCAACGAUCCCAACGAUUACUUGGGCAGAAAUUACCUCCACCCUCCUAUGGACCAGGGCGUCAACUGGAAAGAGACGCACACUGUGGAACGAUGCUAUUUGCCGAAGAAACUCAUUCACACUUUCAAAGGACAUCAAAAAGGAGUUACGAAUAUUCAGCUCUUUCCGGGCACUGGUCAUUUGCUGUUAUCUACUUCUAUGGAUUGCAAAUUGAAAUUAUGGGAGACGUAUGGAAAGAGGCGUCUGUUGAGAACUUAUGAUGGGCACUCGAAGGGUGUCAGGCAAUCUGAUAUGACUAUCAAAGGCGAACAUUUUCUCAGCGCCUCGUACGAUAGAUUCAUCAAAUAUUGGGACACAGAAACUGGCAAGUGCAUUUCAAAAUUCACGAAUAGAAAGAUUCCUUAUGUUGUCAAAUUCAACCCUGAUGCGGAUAAACAACAUAUUUUCCUUGCUGGAUGCAAUGACAAAAAGGUUUCUGCAUGGGAUAUCAGAUCUGGGAAUAUCGUUCAAGAAUACGAUCGUCAUUUGAAUCCAAUCAACUCGAUUACGUUUAUUGAUGAUAACAAGAGAUUUGUAACGACUUCGGAUGACAAGUCUAUUCGUGUCUGGGAAUGGGACAUUCCAGUCGAUUUUAAAUAUAUCGCCGAUCCGGGUAUGCACUCCAUGCCCGCUGCGGUGAAAUCUCCCGACAAUCGAUUUGUCUGUUUCCAAUCUCUUGACAACACCAUCCAAACCUAUGACUGUACUGGCGGCAAGUUCCGGCCAAAGAGAAAGAAGAUCUUCAAAGGCCAUCUCGUCGCCGGUUACGCUUGCGUUCCAACAUUUAGUCCUGACAUGAGCUAUCUUUGCUCCGGAGAUGGACAGGGAAAAGUUCACAUCUGGGACUGGAAAACAACGAGGCUUUACUCAAAGUUCAAAGCACACGAUGAAGUUGUCAUUUGCACAACAUGGCUGCCCAAGGAGCCAUCGAAACUCGUUACCUGUUCGUGGGACGGGACGAUCAAACUUUGGGAUUAG